AUGGCUCAUGGAUCUCCAUCACCACACCAGUACCCUCUGGUCAAGCUGCCUCAUCCUUACCUCACAUCAUACCGUGUCAAUGCCGUUUCGUCCAACUUUCCUGCCAGACGAGUCUUGCACCUGGAGGAGCAACCUUCCAAAGGGAAGUCACCACCAGAAGCAUUACACUCGGACUCGUUGACGUGGCUGGAUCUGCACGCAACACCCAAAGAAUCACACCCUCCUCUGAACGAUAACAGUGACUGGGCUCGUGCAGUCCGUGGUCCGCAGACCGCCUUCAAAUGGCCUGACAGUACUGCUCCUACCCUUGGCCAGGUGUGGAACGUCGUCCAUGCCAUCUACCUCGCCUAUCCUAACACCGAGCACUUCCGCUUGACACUGCAAGGUGCAGAUCAACAAACACUAAACGACGAGUUGUUGGCCACUGGUCUCGCCGUUGAACAUCCCAGAGCAUGGCAUCUGCCAAAUCAAUCCAUUCCACGCAGCAAUGAACUCCUCGUCUUGCGCAGCUCCUUCUGGCAAGGUGCCGCAUCACCCACUGGUCCGCGUCCGAUCUGGGUACUCGGCGACGGUAUCGACUCGCACCUUCGUACUCCUCUGUCAAACUACCCAUUGAUGCCAGAGAACCACCACUUCACCAUGAAGUUCCCCAACGAGCGCGUCUACGCUCAGCAUCCCAUUCGUCGCCCCAAACCCGCUCCUCGAAGCAUCUGCUACUCGCGCUACAUUCCCGAAGUUGAUCAACACUUCUCCCUCGAAGUCGUCGAUUGGACAAGUGCCGAACACCUGAAUCUCUUCCACACAUGGCAAAAUGACCCCCGGGUUGCAAAAGGAUGGAAUGAAACAGGAGAUCUCGAACACCAUCGCAACUACCUCAGAAACUUGCACUACGAUCCUCACGUCUUGUGUCUGUUUGGUCGUUUCGACGAUACCAGGUUCAGCUACUACGAGCUGUAUUGGGCAAAGGAAGAUCACUAUGGCGCUCACUUUGAUGCUGGAGACUAUGAUCGCGGUCGUCAUUCUCUUGUUGGUGAUUCGUCCUUCCGUGGUGCUAAGCGAGUCAAUGCUUGGUACAGCAGUUGCAUUCACUACUGUUUCCUAGACGACCCUCGCACUGCUAAUGUUGUUGGCGAGCCCAAAGCUUCAGGAAGCAUUAUCUUAAGCUAUGAGCAAAGCCAGGGAUUGGCGAUUGGCAAGUACGUGGAUCUGGGACAUAAGAGGAGUGUGCAUAGUAUUGCUAGUAGAGAGAAAUGGUUCCAGCUAUGUCCCGUAUUUUGGGAUGGUAGGGAGAGGCCUUUGGAGAGUGCUGAUCGAGCUGCUUGGGCUGCCAAACUAUAG